AAUUCAUUUCACAUUACCAUUAUGUGGUAUUACUAUGAGUAAAAAUGUUCUAAAUGUCCCAAAAGUAUCUGAGUCACCUGCAGGACCGAAAUGGAGGAGAGACCACAGCACUGCCUGUCCAGAUUACUAGACAACUCUGCCCUGAAGCAGCAGGAGUUACCCAUCCACCGGCUAUAUUUCACGGCCAGGAGAGUCCUCUUUGUCUUUUUCGCAACAGGAAUAUUCUGCCUUUGUAUGGGCAUCAUCCUUAUAUUGUCUGCAAGGAGCACUCAGGAAAUAGAGAUUAAUUACACAAGAAUAUGUGCAAAUUGUGCAAAACUGCAAGAAAAUGCCUCUAAUUUUGACAAGGAAUGCACCUGCUCUAUUCCCUUUUACCUUUCAGGAAAAAUGAUGGGUAAUGUUUAUAUGUACUACAAAUUGUAUGGCUUCUAUCAGAACCUGUAUCUAUAUAUUCGAUCCAGAAGUAAUAGACAACUGGUGGGCAAAGAUGUAAAAGCUGUUGAGGAUUGUGCCCCAUUUAAAAUGUCCGACAAUAAGACCCCCAUCGUUCCUUGUGGUGCUAUUGCCAACAGCAUGUUCAAUGACACCAUAAUUCUUUCACACAACAUUAAUUCAUCUGUACAAAUCAAAGUGCCAAUGUUAAAGAGUAGACUUACGUGGUGGACAGAUAAGUAUGUCAAAUUUCAGAAUCUAAGUUCCAAGAAUCUUGCUGAUGAAUUUAGAGGUAAGAUCCAUACAGUAGCUCAAUAUACAACCACAAAGCCCCCAAACUGGCCCAAGCCUAUCUAUGACUUGGAUAAAAAGGAUCCAAGAAACAAUGGCUUCCUCAAUGAUGACUUCAUUGUGUGGAUGCGGGCAGCUGCCUUUCCCACUUUCAAAAAACUGUAUGGUCGACUCAAUCGAACACACCAUUUUAUAGAAGGCUUGCCUGCUGGUAAUUAUAGUUUCAACAUAACCUAUAACUUCCCAGUAACCAGGUUCCACGGAGAAAAAUCAGUUGUUCUCUCCACCCUGACAUGGUGUGGGGGUAAUAGCCUUUUCUUAGGUCUUGCCUACACAGUGACAGGAGCUAUGACAUGGUUGGCCUCCUUUGCCAUGAUGGCAAUUCACAUCAUGCUGAAAAACAAGAAAAUGUCCUUCUUCCAUCAAUAAAGUCAAGCUUUAAAAAGAAAAGGAGGAAACAAAACUGGACAGUGAAG